AUGAAUCCAAACUUCAAUGAGGGACUCAAUGGCUGGAAAAAAUCUGGAUUUGCAAAUAUGGCCACUAGGAUGUCCAACAAUGCAAAUAACACUUUCAUUGUGGCUAGUAACAGAAAAGGACCCUUUCAUGGGUUUACCCAAAAAUAUUUCUUGAAAAAGGAUACUUACUACGUCACUUCAGCUUGGGUGCAAGUGAGCCAUGGAGAUGCUCAUGUGGCUUUAGUAUUUAGAGGACCAUUUGGAAUUCAACGUACUGGAUGGGCUAUUGCUCGUUCUGGCUGCUGGUCUAUGCUAAAAGGUGGCUUAAUACUAACUGCUUCAGCUCGUGUGGACCUAUAUCUUGAGGCCAACAAUACAGCCAUUGAGUUAUGGGCAGAUAGCAUAUCAAUAAAAUCAUUUUCUCAAGAGGAGUGGAAAUUUCAUCAACAUCAAAACACAGAGAAGGUAAAUGUCUUAGUAAAAUUUUACAUGUUACGAGACCGCCGUAGUGAAAUGAAAUUAAAUGCUCUAUCAACAUACUCAGGAGUGGACCUAGCUAAGAAGUUAUGA